UAGGAAGUGGUCAUAUGCCGGAAUCAAGGAUUGCACGUUUUGUUGACUGUGUUUAGGUGACUUAAACAAACUUGAAUUAUAUUGUUUAGUUGUUUAAACCAUUUUGUUGUCUAACUGCAGUUAUGGACAUUUCUGUUAUGUGGUUUUGGUUCUGGCAUUGAAUGUAGCCAAAAUUGAAUGAAGACACUUUUCUAUGUUUGAAUGUAUAACAUAUGUCAUGUGUGUCAGUAUGUGUUGGACGUUUGGAAGUGAAACCUUUUGAAAUGCAGUGUGAAAGAGGAGGAAAUAGGAGAAGAGGAUGUCGAGGUGGAGAGGACAGAGAUGUGCGCCUGUCAAAGGCCAUGUCCUAUGCUCUGCGGCAUGGAGCCGCCCAGAUGGGACUCCAGCUGAACUCAGAUGGCUUCCUAUACGUGGAAGACCUCCUGCGUCACCCCCAGUUCCACUCCUACACAUUGGACGACGUGGAGAGAGUUGUGGCCUUCGAUGAAAAGAAGCGCUACAAGCUCUCUCCCCACCCAGAGAACGGCCGUCUGCAGAUACGAGCCAAUCAGGGCCACUCGUUACAGGUGAAAGACCUGGAGCUGAGGCCGGUCCUGGCCGGCGCGGCAGACUGCCCCAGCGAGGCGGUCCACGGGUCCUACCUGAGCAAGUGGAGCUCCAUCCAGCAGCACGGCCUGAGCCGCAUGAAGCGCACCCACCUCCACCUGGCCCUUGGGCCCCCAGGGGAACAGGGCGUCACCAGUGGCAUGAGGGCUAAUUGUGACCUGGCCCUGUUCAUCAACGUCCCAAAAGCUCUGGCCGACGGUAUCCAAUUCUUCUGGUCAGAGAACGGAGUGCUACUGACCCCAGGGGACGCAGAGGGAAGACUCCUGCCCAAGUACUUCAGCCGGGCCCUCCAGCUGAGGCCCACGAGAAGCGUCUUGCCCCUGCACUAGUCUGGGAGACAAAUACCAGGAGGCUGGUGGAGGUCGCAGUACGCAGCCGACCCCGUCUGAAGACGGCAGCAGGCUCCGUCGGCUCUUUGCUCCAUAGAAAUUAUAAAAAACAAAAUGAUAAUGGAAUAUGGAUUUCCUGCUGACAAAUGUACUUUUUGUAAGUCGCUUUGGAUAAAGGUGUCAGCUAAAUGCCCUGAAUGUAAAUGGACAAUAGAUAAUGGAACAUGGCAAGAAUUAAAUUAUGUAAGAGGUCUCAUUGUAUGUCUAUCUUCAAGGAGCUUCACAUCGGUAGUUUCGAUGGGCAAAAUGAUUCUUUUCCGGGAACUAGUUCUUUCAGUUCAGUUCAGUUCACUAUAACGAUUCGUUUAUUUGAUUCGUUCGUUUUGAUUCGUUCGUUACGUCAGAUUACAUCUUAAAAAAAAUUAAAAAUAAAAAAAUAAAAAUUAUAAUUUGUUUUUAUUUAAUUGGUCGUUGGUCCGGAUAGGACCGUCAAGGCCGCAGUCCGCCGUUUGGAGGUGCCUGCUAUGUAGUAUGUCGAACGUCCCACCAAUAUUUAUACCACUUGCUUACUCUCUAUAUUUCAUUCAUGGUUUUACAUUUAUAAUUUUAUUUUACUUUACAUUUAAUUCUUCAUUGUUCAGGCAUUACAGAACUUGCAUGGUCAUAAAUAAAAAAUACGAACUGCAGUUUAAUUUCUUUGUUUGUUCUUAAAUUGACGUAGAAUGGAGCAAAGACUCCUGGGAUUGGGAAAUGUGUUUAUCCAAUAAACAGAUGGAGGUCAAGUCUAUUUUCGAAAAAAUGUAGGGGGAUAUAUGAGUCGAAUGGUAUGACCCAAGAUACGUCAGAGAGAGUAAGCGCGCAUAUUCGACGGUACCGCCUUGUCAUUGGUUUACCCAGGUGCCAUUCCAACACCAUUGCUACCUCUCAUUGGCUGAAUCUUUGAGGAAGUUGUAGACUCAAUCAAUAUAAGUCGCGGGGAGACGGAGCUCUGUUCGUUUGUAUAUUUUAUUUACGUGACCAUAUGUUUGGUUGAUGUUAAAAAAAAAAGAAUCAAAGAACCAGUUCUUCUUGUUUUGGGGAACCAGUUCUUGUCGUUCACGUUCGGGAUUCGUUCUUUGUAACGAAUCAGUCGCGACCGACACAUCCCGUUUGGGUUUAAAACGUAACUUUGUCUAUGUUUGUCUACUUUAAAAUCGUUAACCCUGACGGGCGAUUAAUCCUAACCCAUAACCCUAAGCCUUUGUCUGUGUUCGCCAAAGAGAGAAAACAUAUCUUUAUGUUGAUGUGAUCAACAUUGAGGGAGAAUGGCUGUUGGAAGCCCGUACUAUAGUGGCACUAAUGUGGCCGACUAUUGUCAAAGAAACACACUCAAUGACAUGAGGCCAGAGUGUAAGGGACAGAAAGACAGAUGAACACAGAGGAUGUUUACCAGAUAUGGGGCAGGCGGACAUUGUGGGUUUAUUCGCUAACAGACUGCCACAACUGUUACUCCAAGAUACAGCGUGGCCAGGAAGAUAGUGGAUAACAACCUCCUCAAAGCUUCCUGUAAUAAACCACCCGAAACUGGGGCUGUGAAUAACAAAGUGACUGCCUUAAUUAUUUAUUAAAGGAGAAUGACUGGUACAAUGAUUGCGUUUAAUAAGCAUAGGUUUGGACUCAUCCACUGAUGAGAUCAAAUGUGGGAAAAAUUCUUCAACAAAGAUAUCAGUUGUAUUUCAAACCCAGUAUUUCGCACAG